AUGGUCAAAUACAAUGCUGAAGUGAUCAAGCACAAAUUGGACUAUAGGGAUAUUGGCACCAAGGCGGAAACUAUCGCAAAGGAUCAAGGGUCUGACCUGAUUGAUGCGUGCAAUGACAUUGAUGUUCUUGGAGGCAAUGGUACAGUAGGAUUGGAGAUUUUAGAAGACUUACCCGAUGUUGAUGUAAUAUUUUUCCCAGUAGGCGAGGGUAGUAUAGUUUCUCCUACUGCAGCAUAUGUUAAAACUGUCAACCCGAAAAUUCAGAUUAUUGGAUGCCAACCAGAGACAAACCGUGCAAUGGAGCACUUAGUUCGCACUGGUAAGUACGACAAGCUGCAAUUACAAGAUACGAUUAGUGAUGCCACGGCUGGGGGUGUGUACGAGAAUUCGAUUUGCACUAAGUUAUGUAAGUCUCUCGUAGAUAGAUGGGUGUUAGUUUCAAACGAGGCAAUAGCUAGAGGGGUAUUGUUUAUGAUAAUUCAUCAUCGCCAGGUGAUUGAAACUGCUAGUGCUUUGCCAAUUGCUGCGUUUCUGUCUGUGGCUGAAGAUUACAAAGACAAGAAAGUUGCACUGGUCAUCACUGGAUCUAAUAUUGGCAGCGAGAAAAUUAAAUACAUCCUCCAGAAUUAUUCUCAACAUACAUUUUAG